GCAAGUCUUAUCGAUAAUUGUGGUAGUUCCAUUUGAUUUGGCAGUUCAAUUUUUAAAUAUAGUCCUAUUUAUUAUGGAAAUGUCGCUACCAUCUGGUGAAUUGCGUUGCCGAGUUUGUCUUAAACAGGAUGAACUCCUGGUGGACAUCUGUGAGACCGUGGAGGAGAUGCAAGUGGACCUGUGCACAUUGCUGGAAACGUGUGGCGGCAUAAAGGUAGACCGCAGCGAUGUGGAGCCAAUGUAUUUGUGCCAGGAGUGCACUAACGAGCUUCUCAUCGCCGCCAAGUUUCGCAAAAAGUGCACGGAGGCUGAGAAGUUGCGCGAUGGGGCUCGUGAGAUAGAAUUGGGCACUGCAGAACCCCUAACUUCGGAGGAAGUAAUCAUUAUUGAUCCAAGCGACUAUAUUGUACAGACCUCCGCCGUGGAGGAUUCCGAAAAGAAACCUAUUGGAGUUUCACGCUGGAACUGUCAGCAUUGUGGCGCUGUUUUCCAGCAAUCGGAAGUACUGCGUCGGCACAUCGGAAAAGUCCAUGCUUCAGUAACUAUUAUUGACUGUGAGGACUGCAGAAGAUUCUUUACCAAAAUUGGUAGCUACCAGGGUCACAGUUGCUCCCAUUCCAAGUCCCCCAAAGGUGAGCACAAGUGUUUGGAAUGCGGUAAGUGCCUUCAAUCCGCCUCUAGUCUGGCAAGCCACAUGCGUCUGCACACCGAGGAAAGGCCUUUUACUUGCGACCAGUGCCCCAAAACCUUCAGGACAAAUGGAGCAGUGGAAGCUCAUCAGAGGCGCCACAAGCAGAUGAUGCAGCACAAGUGCCCGCACUGCGGACGCGGGUUUGUGGAAUCUAGCAACCUGCGACGUCAUAUAGUUGCCAGGCACACGGAUGAACGUCCGCAUCUGUGCAACUUCUGUCAGCGCAGUUUCUCCAGGGUCUACAUGCUGGAGCUGCAUCUCCGUACACACACUGGUGAAAGACCAUACGCUUGCAAGCAUUGUGACAAACGUUUUGCCCAGCUGGGUGUACUCCGGAGUCACGAGCGGAUCCAUACCGGCGAACGACUGCAUCGCUGCCAAGUGUGCGAAAAGACUUUUACACGGGCGGGACAGCUCCGAAAGCACGAGAUGCGGCACGAAACCGGACAGUGAUAAGGCACCAAUUUGGUCCAAUGCCCUUUGAUCACCGCCGAGGUAACAGAUAUCAGCGGCCCUAUCAGUAACUACGGCAGAUUAUUUCUGUGCCAAGGUGAUACAUUCUGAAGUUUGUGGAAGGAACGAAUCCUAGGUACGAGGUACAUCGAUUUAUAACGCUCAUCUUACUUGGAAUAAGGAUCUGUACACUGCCCGUUACAUUUGGUCUCUGUGGCUGGAGGCCUUUCAUUGGUUAAUGGAGUGUUUCAUUGUCUUCCUGUUUAAAUGGCACCUCGCCAACCAGCAACACAGAAGCCAAAUAAUUCGACGGCCUGCUAUUCGAUAUCUGAGCCUGCUGUGAAACCCAUGAUCCCAUAAUCCCUCCUGGGAUUGUUUUUCCAAAUCAUAUCUUAAUGAAGGACUAAAGGUCAU